CACUCCACCGUCGCACAAGCACUUUCCGAAUCGAACAUAAAAUUCAAAUUCGUAGAUACAAAAUGGCAAAGAUUCUGUGUAUACUUUUUGUUGCCUUAGUAUUUGCGGUAGCGUUAAAUGAAGCUGAGCCACAACGUGCACGUUCAAGUCGCAUAACACGUCCUCGCACACGGUAUCUUGCACGACAAGAAGCAGCUGCCGAUGCCGCCGCUGUGACACCAUAUCCUUCUGCAGAUGAACUGAAGCCUGAUGUACCUUUCGAUGAAGCUGCAGCUCCACCUGCAGUGCAAACACCAGAUGAGGUUUACGGUCCACCAGAAACAACUUACAAUGCCCCCGAUGAAGUUUAUGGACCACCUGAAGUAAGUGAUAAUGGUCUGCCCGCUGCAGAUCCAGCAGCUGAAGAUUUCCCAGCACCACUUGAUCCACAGCAAGCACGUUUAGUUGCUGCUCGUCGUGCGAACUUACGUCAACGUCAGCUUGCCUACCGUCAGGCCAAUGUUGCACGUGCAGCACGUCCUGCCAAAUUGAAAGCUGCCGUAAGACGUACCGCUUAAAAAUAAAAUUUCGCUACAAAUGAAAUGUGGGCAACGAAUACUCUGACUCCAAGUGAGAGUCUUCAAAUGUUGUCCAUAUUGAUUUGAUUUUAAAUGAAAAUACUCCUAACUUAAGAAAAUGACACUGCUGCACACUCCGAACACUUCCGCGUUAGUUUUAAAAUUAUCCUUACAUUUGUGACAUUUCUAUUUCGAUAAGUGAUAAAAUAAAUUAAAAUAAAAUAAAAUUUAUUUAAUAAUGUUUAAA